AUGGCCAAUCCCUCAGAACCCGCCAGCGAUGGCAAGGGUCGCCUCCUCCUUGUUUCCAACCGUCUGCCCAUCACCAUCAAGCGUUCCGACGACGCUACUUACGACUUCUCAAUGUCCUCUGGAGGUCUGGUCAGUGGCCUGUCAGGACUCGCAAAGACUACAAAGUUCCAGUGGUAUGGCUGGCCCGGUAUUCAGGUCCCUCAGAACGAGAUCGGUCUGGUCAAGGACAGAUUAUGGAAGGAGUAUGGCGCAGUCCCCAUCUUCAUGGAUGAUGAACUGGCCGACAGACAUUACAACGGCUUCUCCAACUCAAUCCUCUGGCCCCUCUUCCACUACCACCCCGGUGAGAUUACCUUCGACGAGUCUGCAUGGAAUGCCUACCGCGAGGCCAACCGCCUGUUCGCAAAGGAGAUCGCAAAGGACGUGCAAGACAACGACCUGAUCUGGGUCCACGACUACCACCUCAUGCUUCUUCCUGCUAUGCUUCGCGAAGAAAUCGGCGACUCCAAGCGCAACGUCAAGUUCGGUUUCUUCCUCCACACUCCCUUCCCCAGUAGCGAGAUCUACAGAAUCUUGCCUGUCCGCAACGAGAUCCUCAACGGUGUCCUGCACUGCGACCUGGUCGGAUUCCACACUUAUGAUUAUGCUAGGCACUUCCUCAGCAGUUGUUCUAGAAUCCUCCAACUGCCAACAACACCCAACACUGUCGAAUUCCAAGGCAAGGUCGUCACUGUCGGUGCCUUCCCCAUCGGCAUUGAUCCCGAAAAGUUCGAGGAGGGGCUCAAGAAGCCCAAGGUUGUGGAACGCAUCCAGACACUUGAGAAGAAAUUCCAAGGUGUCAAGCUGAUUGUCGGUGUUGACCGUCUUGAUUACAUCAAGGGUGUUCCUCAAAAGCUGCACGCUCUGGAAGUCUUCCUGACAGAACACCCCGAGUGGAUCGGCAAGGUCGUCCUAGUCCAAGUUGCUGUUCCUUCAAGACAGGAUGUAGAGGAGUACCAGAACCUGCGUGCUGUUGUCAACGAACUGGUCGGCAGAAUCAACGGCAAAUUCGGUAUGUUUCCUGAAGACACAAACAUUUCGGUCUCGUUCGAUGAGCUGAUUGCUCUCUACGCUGUCAGCGAUGUUUGCCUUGUCUCCUCGACCCGUGACGGCAUGAACCUCGUUUCGUACGAGUACAUCGCGACCCAGCAAAAGCGUCACGGUUCCAUGAUUCUGUCUGAGUUCACUGGAGCAGCUCAAAGUCUCAACGGCAGCAUCAUCGUCAACCCCUGGAACACGGAAGAACUGGCAGAUGCUAUCCACGACGCUGUGACCAUGGGAGAUGAACAGAGAAGCAUCAACUACCAAAAGCUUGCCAAAUACGUCAACAAGUACACUAGCGCCUGGUGGGGAGAGUCUUUCGUCAACGAACUCACCAGAAUAUCCGAGCAGGCCGAGAAGAAAAUCAAGGUCAAGCAGUCGCAGCUCGAUGGCAAGAUGCACGAAGAGACUACUCAGCAGAGCACUGCCGACCAAGACGGUGAGGGUACCGGCUCUGGUGUGAACUCUGGCGUCAACUCUGGUACUUCGACCCCGAGAAGACCUGACGCAAAGAGAGCCGCGACUGCUCUCUAA